GCUCAACUUUUAAAGUUUAGGAUGAUUUUGAAAAUAAGCCUAAUUAAGAUUGAUACUAAAGAAAUUUAAUAUUCUUCGAUCAAACUCAGCAGAAAUGUUCAUUGAUCACAGGGAAUGACAGUGUCAUGGUUAACAGCAAUCCUUCCAGUGGCAAGACCUCCGGAUUGCUAUAGCCAGAACGUACAAAACUCUCUGUCCCCAGGGUCGGCGCGGCUGGCCUUGCUGUUCUCUUCACUUGCUCUCAUGUCCAUUGGAGGUGGAGGUAUCCGGCCGCGUUCGUUGGCCUUUGCUGCUGACCAAUUUUACAAUCCCAACGACCCAAAAAAUAAGAGGGUCCUGCAGACCUUAUUCAAUUGGUAUUACACUUCAGUCGGGGUUUCGAUCACCAUCGCUGUCACCGUUAUAGUUUAUAUUCAAGACAAAAUUGGAUGGGUCGUGGGGUUAGGAAUUCCAGUGGGACUCAUAUUUUUCUCCACCGUAAUGUAUUUCCUGGGCUCUGCCCUCUACGUUAAAGUGGAUGCUAACAAGAAUUUGUUCACGAGCUUCGCACAAGUCAUUGUAGCUGCUUGGAGGAAGAAACACCUACCUUUGCCGCCCAGAGACAAAGAUGGAUUCUACUACCACAAAAGAUCAAAGAUUAUUGCACCAACAGAGGAAAUAAG